AUUUAAACAUCGAUAAUCAAUUAUCCAAUCUUUGUCAAAAAUCGCAUACUUGAAUGACAUUUUACAAACACCUACUAAAUUAGUAAUUCACGAUUAUUUACAUUUAUCUAUGAAACAUUAUAUUAUAAGAAUCUUUCAACUCCAAUAAAUCGUUCCUAGCAAAAAAGACCCUUAUCUUAUCCAACAAUGUUUGAAAACGUCAAAGGAUCUCUUAUUUUGCAUAAUUGUAAAAAAAAAAAAAAAAAAUUCUUCUGUGGAAUUUAUACUUUAGCCCUCUUCUGCUCGGAAUGGCUCCUAUGAUGUGUAAACGUCCUCUUGAUAAUUAAAAUCGGUAAAUCGAUCGUGCUCUGUUGUUAAACAUCUUCCCAACAGCCCGAGAAAUUAGAUACAAGUCGAAUGUAAAUCCACACUAUCUAGCAAGGAUGUCGUUAGUUAAAUAGUUAAAUAUUUUUGGACGUCAAAUUCUAGACACAUCCGACACAUAGGAUGUAAGAUGUGGACAGAAUUUGAAAAUUUAUUAGAAACAUCAAAUGGAUUUUUAAAAUAUUGGUAAAAAAAGUGCGGAUACCCCAAAUUAGAAACUGAAAACCAUGUCAAGAUUAUAUAACACGGAUUACAUAACAUCCGGAUUAGAGAGGUUGUACUGUGUCUCCCUAUUUUUGAAUGUUGUAUUUUUGACUGAAGGGUGUACAAAUUACAGUUCCAUUCGCGGAGAGAGAUAUAUCGGUCCUGUUGUUUCCAUAGUUACCAUGGUGGGACCACAGCAGUGUGUUAAGGAAUGUCUGGCCAGACCCACCGUCUGUGGGGGCGUGAACUACAAGAGAACACACUUCCUCUGUGAAAUCGUAACAUCCAUUGAUAAAACGGAACCGGAUGUGGAGUACGUUAGAAUUAGACUUAAUGAUGUGUCUUGUGGCCAGUCAGAAUGCAUAUCGUGUCUACCAGGCGAGAAAUGCGUCCGAUUAUCCAGCAGUCGCACGCAUUGUAUCAGAGAUGACUAUGCUCCAGCUGACUGUACUGCGAUAUACAGAAUGGAAUCGUCCUUACCCAGCGGGCUGUACCAAAUAAAAAUUCCCGCCAUUGGUUAUUUGAAUGUUUUUUGUGAAAUGAAGACCGAUGGAGGAGGCUGGACAGUUUUUCAGCGUCGAUUGGACGGCUCUGAAGAUUUUUAUCGAACAUGGUCGGAGUACAAGAACGGCUUUGGAAAUCUGACGUCAGAAUUCUGGCUAGGUAAUGACAAACUACACUAUUUACUGAGUCAAGGAGAGUACGAGUUCCGGGUAGACAUGGGUGACUUCAACAAUCAGACACGUUAUGUAAAAUACACCACAAUUACCAUUGGCAACGAGGCUUCCAAAUACGUCAUAUCUUUGACUGGAUUUUCGGGGAAUGUCGACGAUUGCUUCACAUCAUCAGGACAACCAAUAAACAAUAUGAAAUUUUCAACAAAAGAUCAAGAUAAUGAUGUCUAUUCCGGAAGCUGUGCAGUGAAGUUCUCAUCUGGAUGGUGGCACAGGCAUUGUCAUUGUUCUAACCCGAAUGGCCUCUACCUGGCGGGGGCAACGGUAACAUUUGCAGAUGGCAUCACGUACCACCCGUGGCAUACCCAUUAUUACUCUCUGAAAAAUAUUCAACUGAUGGUUAGAAAAGUGGUGUAAAAAAGUGUCUGGUACAAGACAAAAGUUAGAAGUGUGGCAUUGAUUCCAGCUGUCGCAGAACAGGGGUUAGAUCCGUUCACUGUGGGUAUUUUGUGAAUGUCAUUAUGAUAUACGAUAUCAUUUCUGUACCUUUAAAUAUUCUUCCUUUACUGACGACUGUAUGAUUCAACACUUUCCUGACGUUCCUCAGUUUUAUUAUACUUGCCAGUUAAUAACGAUAUCUCGAAUUCCACACCGUUGCAUUCAGUAAACUUUUAUCCAUAUAUCAAGCAUUUAUCACCUACAUAUGGUGUUUAUAUAUCUCGAAGGAUUCGAUACGCAAGAACUUGUUCUGCGUAUGGUCAGUUUUUAAAUCGAGGCAGGCUACUGAAAAACAAAUUGAUGGUGCUGGGGUUUCAACAGUCUUAUUUAAAGUCAGCAUUUCGCAACUUCAAUGGUAGUUAUAGCUAUCUAGUUUGCCAAUACAACCUAUCUAGUUUGCCAAUACAACCUAUCAUUGGGUGAAAUGCUGUCUGACGUGUUUCAUACCGGUUGUUACACCGUUCUUGGCACACUGAUUUUGACUACGGAUAACUAUGUUUACCUGAACAGGAUAUAGGGCUCACGGCGGUGUGACCGGUCGACAGGGGAUACUUACUCAUCCUAGACACCUGAUCCUACCUCUGGUGUGUCCAGGGGUCCGUGUUUGUCCAACUCUCUAUUUUCUAUUGCUUAUAGGAAUUAGGAGAUUGGUCACUGUUCGUUAUCUUCACCUUUAUAGGAAUUAUGAGAUUGAUCACUGUUCGUUAUCUUCACCUUUAUAAGAAUUAUGAGAUUGAUCACUGUUCGUUAUCUCCACCUUUAUAGGAAUUGUGAGAUUGAUCACUGUUCGUUAUUUUCACCUUUAUAGAAGUUAUGAGAUUGAUCACUGUUCGUUAUCUUCACCUUUAUAGGAAUUAUGAGAUUGAUCACUGUUCGUUAUCUUCACCUUUAUAGGAGUUAUGAGAUUGAUCACUGUUCGUUAUCUUCCCCUUUAUAGGAGUUAUGAGAUUGAUCACUGUUCGUUAUCUUCACCUUUAUAGGAGUUAUGAGAUUGAUCACUGUUCGUUAUCUUCACCUUUAUAGGAGUUAUGAGAUUGAUCACUGUUCGUUAUUUUCACCUUUAUAGGAGUUAUGAGAUUGAUCACUGUUCGUUAUCUUCACCUUUAUAGGAAUUAUGAUAUUGAUCACUGUUCGUUAUUUUCACCUUUAUAGGCGUUAUGAGAUUGAUUACUGUUGGUUAUCUUCACCUUUUAUUACAUUAAUCACGAGUUCAUGGUGUUGCCUUCUUGUUUAUGAUUUCGUUUAAAGCAACGUCAAAAUGGCACAUCAUUAUACAUGUACUAUAUUUAUAUAUCUGAGAGGUGAAAUUCAUAACAAGGUAUCAUAGGUGUUGACAACCUUUAGCUUGCUGCCAUAUUUGACAACCUGAAUCAAAAUAUUCCCCAACCAACUUCACCCAAGUCAUUUUCAUUCCAUGGUUGCAACAUAACAAUAAACUAUUGUGAACUCAUGAUUACAUUGUACAGAUAUAGAUUUGGUAGUUACGUCUUUUGACAGUUUUGUUCAAAGUAUUUUUUAGUUUUGAAUGUUAAUUGAAUACCAAAUGCACAUUUCAAAGAGUUAAAGACAUAUUGCAAUUCAGAGUGUUUAGAGGUGUUAAAUGUUGAAAAAAUGAUAAA